AUGGAAGCUGUUAAGAGACAGGAAGCUGAAUCCAAGAAGUCCUUUUGCAACUCAGCCGCCAUAGAAGAAAGAUUUGAAGACCAAGUUCCAGAAUGGAUGCUUUCAAAACCUACUGUUGAUUGCAUGAUUUGGCCUGAAGAGAAUUACCCAGAGAGAGAGUCCAAUCGAGCUAGAAAGAGAAGACUCUUCCCAAAGAUUAUCCCCAAGACAGAUAACUCAGGAAAGUUUGUUGUGCCUUGUAUCAUCAAAGGUAACAUUCUUGAGCAAUCUUUGUGUGACACAGGAGCCAAUGUGAACAUCAUGUCUAAGAGGAUAGCUGACAAGAUAGGCCUCACCAAGAUAGAGCCAUCAUCCAUCUCCAUCAACUAUGCUGAUUCAUUCUCACAAACCCCUAUGGCUUUGUGCCUAAUGUGA